CUGGCUGGGAGUGACAUAAUGCAAAGGGGAUAUCCUGAUGCUCAGAGCCGGGUGAGGGGUCUGAGCUGUGUCUGUUGGGACACCCAGGGUUCACUCUACCUCCUGGUUUGCUGGAGCUACCAGAUCCCAGGGCAGACGGCUGCGAUUGCAUGCGGCAGUGGCCCCCCCACCUCCCCAUGGAGUGAGAGGAGUCGCCCCAGCUGAUGGUUUCAGCGUGCGGUAGAGGGAGUGUGUGUUUAAAUUUCAGAGCUGUCACUGGAUCCAGCCCAGUUCUCCCAGCAGCAUAAAUAUCUGGCCUUCAGCACAGCCACGGAAAUUCACGUUGUGUUCUCUUGCAGAUUACUUGGGAUUUCAGCACUGACAUGGUAACAGAACAGUGGCUUUCAGCGACAGGCAGACGGGAACUGCUGCUCCGGAGAGGCUAGCAGGAACAGCCUGGUAGGGUCCAUCUCGGAUAGACGCGGAUGAUGCCAGAGCUAUGACAGGGAUUGCAGUCUUGGCACUGAGGGGUGAUCAAUUAUGGAACAACUACAGGAGGAAGUACCUCAGGUCAAGGAAGAGGAGGAGGAAGAGGCAGUGAAGGCGGCAAGCGGAGCCUCGGACCCAAGUGGAGGACCAGACAGCUCGCUGCCUUCGAGCAGCUACACAGACCUUUCACAGAGCUCCUCUCCCUCGCUGUCGGACCAACUGCAGAUGGGCUGCGAGGAGGCGGCCUUGGGAGCGCUGAACGUGGAGUGCAGGGUCUGCGGAGACAAAGCCUCGGGGUUUCACUACGGCGUGCACGCCUGCGAGGGCUGCAAGGGUUUCUUCCGCCGGACGAUCCGCAUGAAGCUGGAGUAUGAGAAAUGCGAGCGGAGCUGCAAGAUUCAGAAGAAGAACCGGAACAAGUGCCAGUACUGCCGCUUCCAGAAAUGCCUCUCGCUAGGCAUGUCGCAUAAUGCAAUCCGCUUUGGCCGCAUGCCGGAGGCCGAGAAGAGGAAGCUGGUGGCAGGGCUGACGGCGAGUGAGAUCAGCUGCCAGAACCCACAGGUGGCCGACCUGAAAGCUUUCUCCAAGCACAUCUACAACGCCUACCUGAAAAACUUCAACAUGACCAAAAAGAAGGCGAGAGGUAUCUUGACCGGGAAGGCCAGCAGCACCCCACAGCCUUUUGUGAUCCACGACAUAGACACUUUGUGGCAGGCAGAAAAAGGGCUGGUCUGGAAGCAGCUGGUGAACGGCAUUCCGCCCUACAAGGAGAUCGGGGUGCACGUCUUCUAUCGCUGCCAGUGCACCUCGGUGGAGACUGUGCGGGAGCUCACCGAGUUCGCCAAGAGCAUCCCCAGCUUUGUAGGCCUCUACUUGAACGACCAAGUGACUCUGCUGAAGUACGGGGUGCACGAGGCCAUCUUUGCCAUGCUGGCCUCGAUCAUGAACAAGGAUGGGCUCUUGGUGGCCAAUGGGAAUGGCUUUGUGACCCGUGAGUUCCUGCGGAGCCUGCGCAAGCCCUUCAAUGAGAUCAUGGAGCCCAAAUUCGAGUUUGCUGUGAAGUUCAACGCGCUGGAGCUGGAUGACAGUGACCUGUCCCUGUUCGUGGCUGCCAUUAUCCUGUGUGGAGACCGUCCUGGCCUGAUGAAUGUGAAGCAGGUGGAGGAGAUCCAAGACAACAUCCUACGCGCGCUGGAGUUUCACCUGCAGUCCAACCACCCGGAUGCCCAGUACCUCUUCCCCAAGCUGCUGCAGAAGAUGGCCGACCUGCGGCAGCUGGUGACGGAGCAUGCCCAGCUCGUGCAGAAGAUCAAGAAGACGGAGACGGAGACAUCUCUGCACCCUCUUCUGCAGGAGAUCUACAAGGACAUGUACUAAGGACCUGUUAUUUAUGAGAAUGAAGCCAUGGAUUCCCAGCAAAGACUCUGUACAGAAACAAACAAAACCUUUCCCUGUGUCUUCCAUUUCUUCUACUGGAAACUCUUUUCUACGUGACCCUGACAUACGGUACAUAGGGCGAAGUGCUGUAAGAUUGUGCAGCCACCACCUGCUAGGCCAGGGCUUCCAUUAACACACACUAACGAAGUACACAUGCAAAUCUCAAGCUACUGUUUCCGUUACUGCGGCCCAGCUCUUCAGCUGCUCCCUGGGGCCUCUGGAGCUGGUUUACGUGGCCCCGACGGUGCUGAUCCCGCCGAAAAGGAUGCUCCAGGCGUUAGGAGACCUGAGCACGGUGCAGGUGUCCGGCAGGGCCAGCAACAGCAGUUACAGCCUGUCUUUCUUUUCUAUUUUGUAUUGCACUCCGAAGAAAAGGUCCUGAGCCAUGGACACUGUAAUGAAAGGCAGUUUCUUUUCUCUCUUUCCCAAAGAAAAGCCAGAGUAUUUGAAGACGGGUAGGGCUGUCCUAGCUCAGCUGCAGCCCCCCUUCGCUGUGCGGCGUAUUCCAGUCUCUCAGAGGGAUCGUGUGAUCUCUGCCUUCCCCCGAGUGCCGUGUGGGAGCCCCUCAUGGGUGUGCAUUGCCCUUGCUCCUGUUUCAGACGAAGCCUGCCCCUCGGCACCUCAGUAUGAGGGAGAGAGGGAUCGGGAGCUGGAAAGGAAAGGGUUUGACUCAUCAAAAUUCACCUUCAGAGCAGAGGCCAGAAUCUCUGUGCUUCCCCAGGCUGUUCUGCACAGUUGUUUGUCACCAAAAAGGUCUGUGCGGGGCCAGAAGGAGGCCUGGGACUGGUUGGCGUUUAGGUUGCCAGGCUCAUGGCUUAUCCUGCAGCUCCUUUCCUGAGCUCCAAGGGGCCUCUGGGAGUUUUGCGGGGCAGUGCAGGCAGCUCUCGAUGAGCAUCAGAGCGAAUAAAGCCUGCAGCAACACCAGCAUGGGGAAAACCAUGGCCAGUCCACAGCUCUCGUGAUGCCACAUGGGCAUUGACCUGCCUGUUAUGCUGUAAAACAGCAUAAAUGCCAAGUAUUUAUAACAAGGGAGGGACAGGGCACGAUGCUCACAAUGAGCAGGAGCUUCCUGGUGAGCGCAGACGGGCUGAGAAAGCUGCCUUGUCCUCCUCUGCCACCAUCCCGAGUGGUGGCAACUUCUGCAACUUCUCACAGCUGUAGUGAAAUGCCACAGUGCUUUCUGCGCCCGGAACGGGGUCCCUGUGCUGGGGCUGCGUCCCCCAGGCUCUGGGAGAGGAGUUGGACCUCGGAAGGGCUCUGUCCCCUCUCAGGAUGAUGGUGUCUGACCCAAGAAGUGACACUUGCCCGUCUGCAGCUCAUGGUGCCCUGUGUCCCAAGCCACCUUAUUGAAAUACUGAUGUUCCCAAGGAGGGGUUUUGGGAGCAAAUUAGUCAGUUUUAUUCUGUUUUCCUCCUCUUCACGGUAGCACAUUUCCCUGGUGCAAUAAUUCCUUUCAAACCAAAAGGAGAAGAGCGCUGGGCUUCCCCUCCAUGUCACAGGGCUGGUCGGUCCCAAACCUGCUCCUACUGCCGCCCUUCAGCUCCUCGCCUGCCUCAGUUUCCCUGCCCUCUGCCCACCUAACCCCUUUCCCCUCCCUGCCUCACCGGGGUGUUGGGAAUUCCCAUUUCUAAAGCACUUUGAAGCCCUCUUGGGGAAGGCACCGGAGACAGGCGCGUGCUGCAUGGCGCCCGGGGGAUUUCUCCUUCCCAAAGCCCCCGGCAUUCCCCGCCGUGGCCAGCAUGCGGGACUUGCAUGCUUAUCACCUGGGGAACAUUUUGCUCUUCCCUCCUCGUCAGCGUAACAACUCCCAAACUCAAAUGUAUAUUUUUGCUAGAACUACAAACCUCCAAGUGUUUUUAAUAAUGUAAAUGGUGUCCACAAACUGACUCUAAAUAAAUCUGAACUAAAUAUUU